AUGUCUCACAUCAAUAUAACUACGAACGAUUCCACGCAAAAAACUUCAAUCCAAAAAGAUAGCCGGAUCGAGAUGCAAAAAUUUAUACAAGAAUUAUAUUUAGAACCCGCCUCAGAGGAAUCAAUCGAAGUUAUUAGUAGAAAUAAAGAGCCAGAUAUACCAGUUCACACUGAAAAUGACAAACAUAUAGGCAUCGAAUUGGCUCGUUUGUAUCAAAAAGCAAGAAAGGCUAAAAAAAAUACUAUUACAAUGAAAUGUCAACCGCGCGACCCCGGGUCUCACCCUUACAUAACUAAAUCUUCUAACUCAAAUGACUUAUCGGAAACUGAGGUACAUGUAUGUAUGCCUACCGAAUCCCAGAUCACUAAGUCUUCUGACUCAAAAACUAAGAAGGCUUUAUUAGAGACCAAGGUAAGUGUACCACCGGGGAAUAAGGUAACUAAAAUAAAUGCACCACCCACACCUCAAGUAAAUACACCUGCAAAUAUAUUAUCCGCAUCUCAACCCAAGAAUCCAAAGAAUGUUCGUGCUAAUUUCCGCAACAAAAUAUUGGAGCGAUAUCCUGACCUAUAUUAUGAAUGCAGUAGUGAAAAUUUUGAUUAUUACGGAAUUACUGAUAAGACAAUAUGUCCUUUAUGCAAAUUAGAUCAUGAUGAUGAUGGAGAUAUAGAAGGUAGAUAUGAAAUUGGAUCCUAUUAUAUUAAAUGCGAACAGCGUGGAAUUGAAAUUGAGACAAAGUCCAAUAAAACAUUAACUCCCGAAUAUUUGGAAUGGCAUAAUAAAUUUACUGGAUUACCAAGUGUUUUAACAGAUAAAAUUCAUUCCAAGUUAUAUAAAAGAUACAAGAAAGAAACCGGUCUUGAUCCCUGGAUAAACUCUGAAACUUCUGAAUCCUCACAAAUCGAAAAUGCUGAUAAUAAUCUUUCACGAGACUGUAUCAUUAAGAUUUCUAAAUUUCUGGAAGAAAAAGAUGUGAUUAUUGAAGCAGUACAGAAAAGAUUCCCUUUCUUGAGAUAUAUUAAAUCGAAUAAAGUUAUAAUUGCUGUACAGAGUUUGUCAGAAAUCCAGGUAAGUAUGUCAAGCAAAACUCAAUCAUCAAUUCCAAAUAAGAUUUAUCAGCCAGAGGCUGGCUUACGCCAAUAUGCCAUCAAACAUAAAAUGGAUCCUGAAGAAUUUUUGAUCAUUACUGAAGCUGAGAAAAAUAAAUGGACUAUGGGAUGUUUUCCUGCCGAUUUGGAAAGAGAUAUACAAUGCUAUCGUGGAGGAAUAGAAAGGAAUGAAGAUACCAGAAAAUAUCAUAAAUUUUUAACAGAUCAGGAUAGGCUGAUCGGUGAAGAGUUAUUACGUCGCAGUAUACUAAAGAGUGGUUUAAGUACUGCAUGGCUAGACGAUCUGAUGAAAGAAUGGGAAGAAAUCCAUACUCAAUUCGUACAAAUUUUUAGCCAGACAUAG